UCCUCAAAGUACAUGAACACGUGCCAUAUUUUACGCACGCCAUUGCGGUUUAAUGUUGACACGUUCGAAGAAGAAGUGGCGAAUGAAUAAAUGAAUAAUACAACGAGAGGGAACAGGAGAAGAAAACAGGAAAAGACGGCGAGAAGAGUACACGCGACUUGCGAAUUCGCGCAAAUACCGCAGAUAUAUUUAUGUACGCCGAUGCCUACGAUAAUAUUCGGGAAAAAUACCGUGCCGUUAUCGUAAUUUGUACUUUGUCUAAUUCACCUCGUGAUAAUUCUGGAUAAGAUUAGAAAAGUGCCGCGGUGGGGAGAUCGUCCUUUUUGUACACUUACAUUGUCGAAGGCUAAAAAGUAAGUAUCGAUUUCGAUAAAGAUAAUCUUGUAAGAUAGAAUUGCUGCAAAAAAUAAGUUUUGAGUAAUUUUUCCGAGUUAUCAUUGAUAAGACAAAUAUCAAUCUGAUUAACAAGUUUCUUUUUCAUACACGGUGCUUACAUUAAUAAAUCAGAAAAUAAAUAAAGUGUCUCAGUUUCUUCUUGAUAAGUCCGACAAUUAAAUUCCCAUGUCAUUUAUUUAUUGAUCACUAUCGAUAAUCCUUUGACAUUUCAUGGGAGGUUCAAAUUAUCAAUAUUGCCCUACCGAUGAUAGACAAUGUACGUUUAACUCUUAAGCACGCGCACAAUAAUGUAAGUAUAUCCAAUUAUUAUGUAUUAAUCAUCACAGAAUUUAUACGUCUAAAAGGAUAUUUCAUUUAAUAAUUCUAUAUUAAUAUUGAAUUACUGUAUCUCACAACAAACGUAGGAAUAGAAUAGAGUAGAUACUAUCUUAUUAAAUUUUGGGAUGGCACAUUAAUCCCUCUGUAAUAAAUUUCUAAUGAAGAAAAAUGACAAGAAAAACCGUAUACAUUACGGAUAGAAAAUCCGAAUAAAAAAAAGAGCAAUAUAAUAUUUUUUUAUAGCAAAAUAUAAUAUAAUUUUACACAAUAUUUUGAAUUUUUAAAAAACAAUCGAGAGUUCGGAAUGUAUCAUCGAAAAUGAAAACGAAACGCGCACAAAGGCGCGUGUGAGCGCAGCGCUGGCGCGCGCUGUUGUGUCUUCGGAGCAGCUGGAGCGAAGGUAAACCCGCUUGUGGUCGUCGAGGGACGCGGAGGGGCCAGGGAACGGUGCGGCGAAGAACGGAUAAUGUCAUGGCGGCGGACGCUGGCAGGGGUAGGUAGGGGUAAGCCAGUUGCGGGACGGGAGGCACUGGCGGUCAGGCCAGGUAUGGCGAAGCAGCAAGCAAGCACGACACGCGUCACGAUGAGCUGAGUGAAUCACGGAUGAACGCAUCGCGAAACGAUCGAUCGGCCGCACGGACGUGGCGGCAACUCGGCUUUCCUCUCGACGGCGAAGAGGCGAGGGAGCGUGUCCGCGAAUGCGGACGUGAGGUGAGAACCCGCGCGCGUUUCGGCGUCAUGUAUCCGAGGAUCGUGUUGCUGCUGCUCGUCGUUGGUUGGCAGGCGAGGAGCGUGCUCGCCGACGCCGAGACGCGACCGCGAGCCGGCCCCGACGCGACGGUGAGCAUCGGCAAGUGUUGCGAGCCCGAGGAGCUGCUGGUGGACGAUCGGUGCACGCCGUUGGCCGAGACCAACGAGACCAAGUGGCGACCGGAGUUUGUGACGGAGCGAGGCAGCGGCGCGGCCUUCUCGACGAGGAGAACGGGAUUCGUCGAGCCCAGGUACGAGCUGAAGAUCGGACGGCCCAGAUGCGACUCCGACGAGCAUCAGUGGCACGUGUACUACUAUCCGUCCGGGCCGGAUCGCCUGGCGAUCCUGCCGACCGGCGUGCUGCGCCACUACAUUGUCGAUCUGGCCAAGAGUAUGGACGAGAAUCGCGGCGUCUACGGCGUCGCGAUGCUGAAUCUCGAUGACGACGACGACGACGACGAGGAGGGACGCACGACCAUACACUACGACUAUCCGUUCGGGCAUUAUUGCGCCGACAAGGUGGUGCUCACAGGAGAUCGGCUGGUGGCGAUGUACGCCAUGGUUUGCGUGCCGGACGUUGCCGUGCGCUGGACCGACACCAACUACCUGAUGAAGCACGCGAUCGAUCCCGCCUUCCACGCCGUGUCGAUGGCCUGUUAUCUGAUCGUCGCGGUGGUCUACUUCGUGCUGCCGCAGCUGCGCGACCUCGUCGGCAACAUCAUCACCAGCAUGACUCUCUGCCUCGUGGUCAACCAGUGCGCCUCCACCGUCAGGAUAUUCACAGAGUUCGGCAAUCACAUCAGCUUCUUGGUCGCUGACACGGUCAUGUACGUUUUCCUGACGGCCGCCUUCUUCUGGCUCAGCGCCCUGGGCUACUACGUGUGGAACACGUUCAGGUCGCGCAACGUUUUCCUGCGGGUGACCGACGGCAGGAAGUACUGCUACUACUCGUCCUGGGUCUGGUGCCUGACGGUCUGCAUAGCCGGCACGGCGAUCUUCGCGCACUUCGCCCUCGAGACGGACAAGCCCACCGUCGGCGGCACGGUCUAUCCCGCCCAGGAGACCGUGGGCUGGCUCGGGCUCUCCGUGAUGUUCAUGUGCAUCGCGUUCACCAUCGUGGUCAAUCUAUGCCUGAUACUGACGACCGCCAACCGGAUCAAGCGGAUGAGCACGUACGGCCGUAUCCAUCACAAGAUGAAGUACAGCUUCCGAAUGUUUGUCUUUCUCUACGCGAUCAUGAGCGCCGGCUGGCUCUCGCUGCUGCUCUCGCGGCUCAAGUACGACGCCCUGAUGUACUGCCAUAUCGUCGUGAAUCUGCUGCAGGCGCUGCUCGUCCUCUACGUGUGCGUGUUCGGCCAGCGUAGGGUCACGUUCCUGCUCGGGAAAACGUGCAACUGCUGCGACUCCGGCGACAACACCGAGGGCCUCGACUGGGGCGAGGAGAUGACAGCCAUCAACGCGGGUUAUUAAAGUGCCGCGCUUAUAUCCCUUAUGAACGAUUAUUCGCGUUACGCGAGCGUGAUCUGUAUAUUCGAGUAGUGAUCGGGCGAUGACGAUGGCGCGCGAGUAAAUCACAAUUUGUAACGCACAUCGCUCGCAGAAUGUUGGAAGAAUGCGAAUACGAUACGCGUGCGAAACGUGAGAAGCAUUCCGUACACCUCGUCCGCAUAUUCGUCGAAGUGCAAGUAUAUUCGAUAUUGAGAAUAUACUUUGGUGUAUAAUCGCACGAUCGCAAUCUCAGAGUCAUAGCUCAUAUAGCCUUUCGCGCGCAAAUUUUGCCAGAUAUAUAUACAUCAUAGAUAUAUGCGCAUAUGUAUAUUGAAACCAAAAGUUAUUCUUUAUAGAGUGUGAAAAAUGCGUGGAUGUGUCUCUAUUUCAGUAUUAUGCGCGUAGCAGCGUCACUUUAGACAAGUAAACGCGAAACAUGCAAGAAAAGAAUAUGUAAAGGAAGAUACGUCAAAGACAAUACGUCGGAAAAUACGGCAAUAUAUUGUAAAUAAUGAUGCAAUAAUCGAGUUAAUGUGCAAGUUAAAUAUGAAUGAAUUCGGAAAAGUC